AAAUCUGACUUUUCCAUUCUUUUCUUUUUUUCAAUGCUUUUGAGUUUAUAAAUCUUUAGAGGUUUCAACACUUCAACAAUACUAUACUUUACUACUUAUAACAUUAAAAACAAAAACAACAGAAAUAAUAAUAAUUUGCAGUAAUGAUACAGCUAUCGGAAUACGGCGAGACUGUCGUUGAUAAUUUCAAUUUGAUUGGCAUGUGGAUAGCUGUUCUCAUUUGCUGUCGAAACUUUUCAGUAUGCUAUCAUCAAUACAGAAGAACAAGAGGAAUAAUCCAUCUUGUUAAUCUUGCACAAGUAACUGUGUUCCUUGUACACCGUAUCUUGUACGGUAUCAUCCCUUUAUUCGAGAUACAGACUUGUGCUUACUUUCCUUUGCUUGUCUCUCUUUGGCACAUGACGUAUAUUUUAUUUUAUGUUGUAAUGUUUAUGAGACUCAUUAUUCUUGAACAUGAUAAAUAUUCACGCUGGAUCAAAAUAGUCGGCAUUCUCUUGAUCACUCUACGUGCUGCUGAUUGGCCUUAUGAAUUAGCAUUUCAUACAAUUCAAGAAAAAUUGAGUCAUCAAUCGGGCUCUCAAUGCUGGGCAGAAUGGGGAGCUGGAGUUAUCAUCUUGAAUUUUGUAGGGGACGCUUUAGCAAAUCUGUUUCUUAGUGGCAUGUUCGUUCGAAGACUUCGAAGCCAUAUAAGUUUAUCUAAAAACUUGAUGAGUCAUCAGAACAAAAUUAUUGAACGAAUUGCCAUCAAGUCGCUACUUUGUUUGACUUUGACUUUUGUUGUCAAUUUAGCAAUGAAUUUACUUAAGGUUACAAAUUUCCUUGGGAAUCGUUCAGAUGCAUUCACUGUGUACUUUGAAAUCAUUGAAUCCACGCUGUUGGUCGAGGCUCUUCGUAAUGAUAGAAGUCAAGGAAACGGUCCUCAAAAUUCUUUCUGUGAAAGUUGCCAUAAGGAAUUCAGCCACGGUACAACCAAAGCACCCAACAGCGAGGACCAAUUGCAUAGUCAGAUGCUUGUGAAGUCUGGCAUCAAUAAUCCAAAAUAUAACACUGAUUUUAAUGAAAGCAAUUUCGACGAAAACGCAAUGCAUUCAGUCGCUUCUUUGGAGCCCGCCCUAUUCUUUGAUAGAACAAAGUCUCCUGCCAAAUACGCCAAUGAACACAAACUAGAUACGUUUUUGCAGAAUAGAACUGCAGCUCUCACACACGAGACUUCACUUUCUCCUCCACCUAUCGUAAGUAGAAUUCCACUAGGCGAAUCUUUUGCAAUGACAAAGAAUCCUUCUGAACGAUCUACCACUUCGUCAACAAUUGACAACAAUACUGAUGAAGAUAAUGAAAAUAAGCCAUCUUCCCCCUAUCGUAAAGGAUAAUUAGUUUUACAGCUAUAUAUAGAUUGUGUAGUGUUUAUGCCAUAAUAGCUUAAUUGUCUUAAUGAACCCAAACUGUACUUGAUGUACAGGUUUUUCUUGUCUUUGUCAAUUAAUUUUUUUAAAAUUAUCGAAGCUUGAUAUAUUACAAAAAUAAAGAGCCACUGUGCGCAAUUAUGUAACGUUGAUUUUAAUACUACUAGAGACUCUGGUUUGAACUAGCUUCAAGUUCUUUCCACUGCAAAAAAAAGGUACCCAAGAUUUGUACCAUUUGAUAAAGAGAGACUUGAAUGAUAGCGGAAGUAGAGGAUUUUAUUUUCCUCGUAUCCUCUUGCAAAAAGAAACACAU